CGCGAUCCCGCAGCCGCCGCAGCCUCUCCUCCUCCUCCUCCUUGUUUUUCCUGGAAUACUCAUCCGACCUCGGCAGCAAGAUGUGCAAGGGACUCGCUGCGCUGCCAGCCACUUGCUUAAAAAGUGCCAAAGACAUGAAGCACCGUCUGGGCUUCUUGCUGCAGAAGUCAGAUUCCUGUGACUACAGCUCUUCCCAGGGCAAGAAGGAGAAGGUAUCUGCAAGCCAGAGGCUUAGCCAAGAGGAAGUCAGAAAAUGGGCAGACUCUUUGGAAAACUUGAUCCAUCAUGACAGAGGGCUGGCUGCUUUCCGUGCUUUCCUCAAAUCUGAGUACAGUGAGGAAAACAUCGAGUUCUGGGUCAGCUGUGAGGAGUACAAGAAAACCAAGUCACCAGCCAAGCUCAGCCCCAAGGCCAGGAAGAUCUAUGAUGAGUUCAUCUCGGUGCAGGCCACGAAAGAGGUGAACUUGGAUUCGUGCACACGGGAGAAGACGAGCCACAACAUGCUGGAGCCGACACUGUCCUGCUUUGAUGAGGCUCAGAGGAAAAUAUUCACCCUCAUGGAAAAAGAUUCUUACCGCCGUUUCCUCAAGUCCCCUUACUACCUGGACUUGGUCAGCCCGCCUGGCUCUGGAUGUGGGCCUGAAAACUGCAAAAGAAACCACACUCACAGCUUAGACUGCAACUCCAACAUCAUUUCUCAGUGCGCCUGAGCCUGCAGCAAGGCAGGGCCGGGCUCUUGCAGAAUAUAUGGCAGCAAAAGCAUUCAUUGGCAUGAAGCAACAGAGCUGUCUCCAGUAGCUGUCUAAUGUCCCCGUUGUAUCCAUGUCAUGCAACAGCCAGCAUUUGUAACCCAAUCCAGGCUCAGUGUGUGUAGCAAACCCUCCUCUGAGGUCGGUGUAGGGGCGCUGGGGUCUGUGUCUGGCAGGAGCUGGGGACAGUCGCUGUGUGAGCCCUGUGAGCCCGGGAGGCUGCUGGGGAGCUGUGCCAGCCCUGGCACUGCCCACAGAGGGACCAGACCGGCAGGGUCACCGCUCCUCCUGCCGUCUGGAUGGCUCCCAGACAGGUGUGGGCACAGAGGAAGCCGAGGGAAACGCUGGGGACUGUGAUCUCCCCUUUCCAAUCUGCAAAGGGUUAGGUGAAAAGGGCUCGCUGUUCAAAGCUCCCAAGUGUCCAGGCUGCCAGGAGUGUUUGCUCAGAGCUCAGGCUGUGCUGCACUGCAGUACCAGGCACAGGAAGAGCUCCUGCUCUUUCUUGAAGGGAGACCAGAACUUUUCGGGACAGCCUCCCUCGGUCGUCACAGCCACAGUGGCAGGGAAGCUCAGCCUCCCUCGGUCACCACAGGAAGCUCUUCCCUCUGUAGCACCACGUUCAUGCUGGCCAAGGACCUUCCUUAGGGCUGUGCAGAGCUGUCACUUUUGGGGAGGCUCAUUAUUUCUUAAGCUAUUAAUUGUGACCUUCACGCUCCCAGGUUAAAUCCUCCAGCAGAGCAGAACAGAAACGUGUUCCUUCUCUGGCAGACAGCUGUGUGUUCCUGACUCCAGGGCUGCCAUUUGGAUUCAGCUUUGCCUGUCCUGGCUUGUGAGGAGCAGCUUGUGAGGGAAUAGGACCACAAUAUCUGAGGAGGAAAGGCCCUGCUUGGGAGUACUUGAAAAUGUUGGAGUUUUUGAAGGUGUUAUUUAUGUAUUUCAGCAGUAGCAUGGCUCACUUUUCCUGAGGAUGGUAGGAGGAAAGUGUCUGUCUCAUGACUGCUCCGGGGCUUUGCCAGAAGGCAGCUGAUGUUUUAAUUGCAGUGGUGAGACGUGGCCUUUGCUGUGGCUUUGGCACUGCAGGGGCAGCACAGGAGGCGGCACAGGUGUCUCUGUCCCCCAGCCUUGGUCUCUCCUUCACCAGGUAUCGCUGCUCUGGCCGCUGUGCAUCCUGUGCUCUGCAUCCCAGCCCAGACAACAGCUCUCACACCGGGGUUUUGGCAUGGCAGGAGGAGGCUGUGGCUCUCCAGGCCCAUCGAGAAACUUCUAUUUUAACAUGUGCUUUAUUUUGUAUUUAUGCAGUGUACUAACACCUAUCACCGUGCAUGUUGAGCUAAAAGAUGGAGAGGCUUGCUGAAGCUCUGAACAUGGCCAAGCAUGUGGCUAUGUUUUAUUUUCCCCUGGUACUGGGAACUCUUGGUAACUAUUGCAAAAACUGUAUUGAUAUUUAAAUAAUGAUGAAUGCAGUCUAAAUAAAAAUGUUUGCGUUAGUCCCUUCUAAAA